UGUUUAUUUCUUAGGGAAGCACACUAAACCCUAAAAAGAACGUACCGAGUAGAAAGAAAACAACGGUAAACCCCGUGACAAGCCGACUGCAAAACGCUGCAGCUGAAACCCUAACUUUUCCGCUCACCUCUCUGCACCAGCCGCUCCUCUAUUCGCAUCUUCCAUGGCUACGAUACCAGUUAACCCGAAACCCUUCUUGAACAAUUUGACUGGAAAGACUGUUAUAGUGAAGCUCAAAUGGGGGAUGGAAUACAAAGGUUUUCUUGCAUCUGUUGAUUCAUACAUGAACUUGCAGCUUGGCAAUGCUGAAGAGUAUGUUGAUGGGCAAUUCACUGGAAAUUUAGGGGAGAUUUUGAUCAGAUGCAAUAAUGUUCUCUAUCUUCGUGGGGUUCCGGAAGAUGAAGAUAUAGAAGAUGCAGAGAAGGACUAGAUGGUUCACAUGUGGUUGAAAUAGAACCUUUGGUAUUUGAUUAGGGGUGCUGUUACUUUUGUUUAUCAUGGUUGAAUGUCAUUAUGUCAUUUAGUCGCCCGGACAGAUAAACCGCGAUGUAGUUAAUUCUGCUUUUGCUUGACUGCUAUUGCCAACAUUAUUUGGAAUAUUGCUUCUUUUAAUAUUCAAGCUGUAUGUAUUAUGGAGA